AUGACAUUAAAAAUUGAUGUAACAAUUUUUUUCUUUGGAUUCAAAUUGCAUCAAGCCGAUAAGAGCGUGUAUAGAAAAUUUGAUAGCCAUGGUAAUGGGGUUAUCGUUUGUCUAUAUGUAGAUGACAUGCUCAUCUUUGAUACUAUUUUAGUAAAAGUUCAAAAGACAAAGACUUUUUUUUCUAGGUCCUUUCAAAUAAAAAAUAUAGGGGAGGCCGAUGUGAUUAGUGGUGAUCUUCCUAUUUUGGAAGGUUAUUCCGAUGCUAGUUUGAUCACUAAUGAAGAGAAUAACUUUUCAACUAGUGGUUGGGGUCGCUUUUGGCUUAUUCGCUCCAAAAUUUGUACUCGAUGGCCAAUUUGUGAGAAACCUCCAAAGCCGAGUCGGCUGAAGAGGAGGUGUUGCCCUCGACGACUCGACGAUGAAAACAAAAUCAACAGCUAUUCCAGAAUUAAAAGCCGAUUCGAUUUCAAUAAAGAAAAAGAAACCGCCGAGUCGGCGUUAUAUGCUGACAUUUACCAUUUUUUCCAGAAGAAAAUGCCAACUCGGGUUGGGAUAAGUAAAAGGGACCUCCGAAUCGGCGGUAUAGGCUGCCAAAAUUCCACUUUUCCAAAAGCUAAAGCCAACUUGGCUGUGCUCAUAUAUUCACGACCACCGACUCGGCGGAUAUCGAAAUUGGCAGCACCAAGUGAAGCAAAGUGGUUGAGGAAUCUCAUGUUUGAGAUACCUUUGUUACCUAAGCCAAUAUCACUGGUGGCAAUUCAAACGGAUUGUGUGACGGCUUUGGGUAGGGCUUAUAGUCAAGUGUAUAAUGGUAAGUCUCGUCAUUUUUCUCUUAGGCACAACCUAUUGCAAGGACUUAUGACUAAUGGGGUCAUAACUUGUGACUAUGUCACCAAGUUCAAUGUGGUUGAUUCAUUUCCUAAAACCAUGAGUAGGGAUUCAAUUGAACAUGCGUCAGUUAAUGACUGUGUUAUUGCUUUUGUGUGUACUUCGUCUUCGAGUGGUUUGAUGGAUCAUUUAAUUCAAAUCCGUAGGGAUAUCAAUUUUGGCUCAAUUACUCGUGAAAUGCGUUGUACUAGGCGUUAA